GCAAUUAGUUGAGUCAGUAGAUAAGCUGUUCCGUCUUAGCUUAUCUACCGAUCGAGCCCGGCAAUGGCGAUGAUGCCAUGCAAUAACACUCGACCCCGCAAGCUGUCGCUGCCAUGCCGCACCCGUACUUUCCAAGCCUUACUAAGCACAGCAGUCUUCCUGGCUGCUUCCACGGCCGUCGUCGUCGGCAAGGAGCCACAACCACCGUCCUCCUCCGGCGGCGGCUGUCACUACCGCUUCGAGCUCACCCACGUAGCUAGAUGCCAACCUCAACCUUACCAGCGACGAGUUGAUGCGUCGUGCCUAUGACAGGAGCCGCCUCCGCGCGGCGAGCUUGGCCGCCGACUCGGACGGCCGACACGAAGGGCACGUUAGCAUUCAUGACGCCUCGUACAUCAUGCAUCACGUUUUACUUGGGCAACCAGCGGCCCAAGGACAACAUCUCCGCCGUCGUGGACACCGGCAGCAACAUAUUUUGGACGACCGAGAAGGAGUGUAGCCGGUCCAAGACAAGGUCCAUGCUGCCUUGCUGCAGCCCCAAGUGCGAGCAGCGCGCCAGCUGCGGGUGCCGACGAAGCGAGCUCAAGGCCGAAGCCGAGAAGGAGACGAAGUGCACGUACGCUAUCAAAUACGGCGGCAACGCGAACGACAGUACUGCAGGCGUCCUGUACGAGGACAAGCUCACCAUUGUCGCCGUGGCAAGCAAGGCGGUGCCUGGCUCCCAAAGCUUUGAGGAAGUCGCCAUCGGCUGCUCCACCUCCGCCACGCUCAAGUUCAAAGACCCCAGCAUCAAGGGGGUCUUCGGGCUUGGCCGUAGCGCCACGUCGUUGCCGAGGCAGCUCAACUUCAGCAAGUUCUCCUACUGCCUCAGCAGCUACCAGAAGCCCGACCUGCCCAGCUAUCUCCUGCUCACAGCCGCCCCGGACAUGGCCACCGGCGCCGUGGGCGGCGCCGCCGCCGUGGCCACCACUGCGCUGCAGCCAAACAGCGACUACAAGACCCGCUACUUUGUCGACCUGCAGGGCAUAUCCAUCGGCGGAACUCGGCUUCCAGCUGUCUCCACGAAAAGCGGCGGGAACAUGUUCGUCGACACAGGCACCUCCUUCACUCGAUUGGAAGGCACUGUUUUCGCUAAACUGGUGACGGAACUAGACAGAAUCAUGAAGGAAAGAAAGUACGUCAAGGAGCAACCGGGCAGAAACAACGGCCAAAUUUGCUACUCGCCGCCGUCGACCGCUGCCGAUGAGAGCAGCAAACUGCCAGACAUGGUACUGCACUUCGCCGACUCCGCUAACAUGGUGCUGCCCUGGGACAGCUAUUUGUGGAAGACGACGUCCAAACUGUGCCUGGCCAUUGAUAAGUCAAACAUAAAGGGCGGGAUCUCGGUCCUGGGCAAUUUCCAGAUGCAGAACACCCACAUGCUCCUCGACACCGGAAAUGAAAAGCUUUCCUUCGUGCGGGCCGACUGCAGCAAGGUGAUCUGAAGUAUGCAGCAUGCAACACACAGCUAAUAAUAAUAAGCGUCGCAUGAAGUAACAACUAUAUAUUUAUCUGCUUAUAUAUGCAGCAUGCAAUAUCCGUAUGUAAUAAGAGAAUGCAUGUGCUUGCCGCUAUAUAUAUACUGCCAUGCAUGUGUGCAUGCAGCAGGUACUGUAAGCUGCUUCGAUCCUGUAUUAUUGUGAGAUUUUCUGCGAAAUAAAAGCAUAUUAUAUGUU